GCGCCCGGAGGAGAGGCAGCUCUUGUGCGCUUGUGCCGAGUACCUCUCUCACAGCACACUGACACGAGAGGGCGAUGUCGGGCUUCGCCCCCUUUAAGCCCUCGGAGCUGAACAAGGAGGCCCGCGAGAGCAUGCAGCAGAGCGGCUCGCUCAUCCCGUCGCAGUCCCGCCUCAGCAUCCCUCCGCCACCGCCGCCGGGAGGCCCUCCCGCAGGCGCCGAUCCGUACGACCGCUUCGGCUCACUGCCCGGCUUCGAGUCUGGGGACUCCGCCGCCGCGGACGCGCCGGCGGCGGUCGGCAUGUCUGAGGCGGAAGUGCGGCUCGCCAGCGGCAUUCCGCCGCCGCCGCCGCCCGGCGGGCCGCCUUCCGGGAUGCGCCCGCCACCGCCGCCGCCCAGUGGUCCUCCGGGCGGGAAGAGGCCGCGCGAGGCGGACUGGGUGGAGGCGGGCUCGGACGAGGGGUCGGACGAGGAGCUCGACCUGCGGGGCGGCGGCGUCGGGUCGUGCCCGCUGCCCGCCAUCGGCAGCGCGCCCCCAAACUCGACCGAGGAGUGGGCGAGCGUGCACGACACGCCCGCGCUGCACAACAUGCUGCAGGAGGACCGGGCCGAGGCGGAGAGGUCGCACCCGGACGUGCACCCGCUCCCGCCUGGCGCCUUCGACCUGCCCGGCCGCGUCGUCAAGCUCUCUGCGCUCGAGGAGUCGGCCGCAACAGAGGCCCUCGACGCGCCCUUCUCGAACAGCACGCGCACCGGCCGGGCUAGUCGCGGCCCACUGGCCGGCCCGCGGGGCGGCCUUCGUGGGCUGGAGGAGGAGGAGGAAGAUUUGCUCCAGAACUAA